UAUUGCUUCCCUUUUUAAAUCCACUACCUCUCAUUGCUUAGCCUUGUAAACCUCCUCCCUCUCCUCCUCCACCUUCCUCUCGCCUUCUGCAAAUGUCUAAAGUCGAUUCAAAAUCUCCCAAACACUGUGCCGACAAAGGAUUGAACAUUGACAAAUUCUACAAGAAGCUAUAUUGGUCUGGCUUUUCCUUUCUGUUCUCUGUUCUCUCACUCAUCUUACUUGUCUGGCUUAUCCUACAUCCCACUAAGCCUGAGUUCAGCCUCAAAGAAGCCGAUAUCUAUCAGCUCAACCUCUCAGGGCCUCAUCUUCUCAACUCCUCUAUCCAACUUACACUCCUCUCCAAGAAUCCAAAUACGAAGGUUGGCAUUUACUAUGACAUGGUACAAGUUUAUGCCUCUUACAAGGGCCAACAGAUAACUGUUGACACCUCUCUUCCUCCCUUCUAUCAAGGUCAUGAAGAAAGCAAUCUCUUGACGGCGUCCUUGGUUGGAACUGCCCUACCGGUGGCUCCAUCUUUUGGUUAUGAAGUUGGACGUGAUCAGACGGCAGGAAAACUUGUUCUGAGUUUAAAGCUCGAUGGCCGGGUUCGAUGGAAGGUGGGGACUUGGGUUUCUGGCCGAUACCGACUUAACGUUAAUUGUGUUGCUGUGAUGGCAUUUGGACCCUCCAUCCCAUCUGGUCCACUGAGUUCAAAAGAAGGAACUCAGUGCUCUACUACUGUUUGAAUUAAGAUUUAACUAUUCACAUCCAGUGAGUUCUUUCUUUGUGUUUGCAUUGUUACCUAUUUUGCUGUCUUAAGGGUUCAUGUGUUUUGCUCUUCAGUAUCUGUAAUUAAUAAGGAAAGAUAGGAUUGAAAGUUACAAUUAUAAGUGAGAAUGAAAAGCUUGUUUGGAUUGUGUAUCU